AGGUAGCGCCUCUUUUGCUCAAGAGCGCAUAUUUCUUGAUGAACAAGUUCGUUUUUCGAGUGACACUGCUAUCUAUAAUGAACUGUCCACUUUACAAGUUGUUCAAGGAUCAUUAUCAUUUAGUCGUUUAUUACAAGCACUUCGAUAUGUUUUGAAUAAACAUAAAGUACUAUGCAUAUCUCUUAUUUUUAACAAUGAUGAUGGUAGUUUGAAACAAUGCAUUACAGAUCUACAUAAAACAUUCACAAUAACUAUGAAUCAAACAUUUGAAGAUGACAAUGAACUUCGAGAUAUUAUUUAUCAAACAACUAUCAAUCCUACUCUCUUCGAUUUAUCAACUGGUCAUGUUUUUCAUGCUGAAAUUCUAAAGCAACAAAUAACAUUAAAUGAGAAUGAAAAUAAUAGCGAUGAGUUCAUAACUAAUUCUGAUGUUCUUCUCAUUGCUUUUCAUCAUGCAGCAUUUGAUCGAGCAAGUCGUUCAGUCUUUUUCAAUGAUCUAUGCUUAGCUUAUAAUACUAAUGCAAUAUCAAUAGAAGAUGAUAAUGAAUCAUUGCAAUAUAUUGAUUAUAGUGUACAUGAACGUCUAAUUGAUAUGUCAACAUCUCGUGAAUUUUGGUAUUUACAAUUAGAAGGAUACAAUUUGGACUCUCCGUUAUCAUUACCAGUUGAUCGACAUCGCUUAUCUAAUAAUCAUCGAUCGAGUUCUGCUUGUGUCACUCAAAUCUCUUUCGAUAACGAAAUUUCACAAUCAUUUCUGGACUAUGCUUCUAUCCAUCAUGCGACACCAUUUCAGUUGGGUCUAACUAUAUUAUAUGCUUUUCUUUUCAAGUUAACUCAUGCUGAAAAUGAUUUAUGUAUUUCUUCUAUCAAUGCUAAUCGAUAUCGAAAUGAAUUACAAAAUAUAAUUGGAAUGUUUGUUUCAACAUUACCAUAUCGUGUUCAACUUGAUCCUCAAUGGUCAUUUGAUGAUCUUGUUAAAUAUGUACGAGAGAAAUGUUUAUCAAUUAUUGAACAUUCUCAUUAUCCACUUCAACAUAUUCUUGCUAGUUUACAUAUGAAUCAAUCAAAUAUUUCAUUUCUUGAAACAAUGUAUGACUUUAUAACAAUAUCGUCACACAGCGAUGAACUAUCUUUGGAUGGAACAAGUCUCAAGCAAGUGUCAUUUGACCAAUCGUUUGAAGUAGCUAAGUUUGAUUUUAUGUUAAUGUUUGUUUAUAAUCCAACAUUGGAAAAUAAUAGAUUAUCAUUUUGUUUAACUUGUUCACAUGAUUUAUUUGAUGAGAUUACAGUUACAAAUAUAGGUCGAAGAUUAGAAUAUUAUUUUCAACAACUUUUUUCAUCGAAUGAAACUAUCAAUCGAAUUGAUACAUGUGUUACAUCUUUAUCGAAAAUUAAUCUUAUAUUUCCAGAAGAAACUCAAGAGAUGAAAGAUAUUAUGUUUUGUCGACAAUCACAUAUUAUAAACGAAGGUAUGUUUAUCUAG